AUGCCCACAUUUUACCCAUCAAUAUCACCAAAUCUGCGCGACUGGGCCUUGAACCAGAAAGUAUUUUUCACAGCCUCUGCCCCUCUCAGUGGCCGACAUAUCAACCUCUCUCCCAAAGGCCUCCCAGAUGCUUCGUUUGCCAUCCUUGGGCCCAACGAGGCGGCAUACGUUGAUGCAACAGGUUCUGGUGGAGAGACAAUUAGCCACUUACGCGAAAACGGCCGCAUCACCAUUCUCUUCUGCUCUUUCGAUGCAUCCCCCCGCAUCCUACGGCUCUUCUGUACUGGGUCUGUAAUUGAAUGGAGUGACCCCGACUUUGAGCCAUACCUCGCACGCAUGCAAGGGAAGAAGCUGGUCGGAGCGCGUGCCAUUAUUCGGCUGGAUGUCUUCAAGGUGCAAACCUCAUGCGGCUACGGGGUUCCGCAGCUUUCACUAUCAUUCGAUUCAGAAACAAACGAGCCCAAACCCUACUUCAAAGAUCGGGAAACCCUGGGUAACUGGGCAAGCAAGAAAGUGGAAGCUGGUGAUAUCCGCUCCUACCAGGGAGAAUGGAACAGUCGUAGUUUAGACGGGUUGCCAGGACUCCGAACAGCUUUACAGGACAAGGGUCAAAGUGUCAUACUGGCCAAUUUCAGUAACUGGACUCGCUAUCAUAGAGAUGAGAUCGAAUUUGUGAAGACAUCUGCUUUGUUGCUGUUUGUUGCGAUGGCGGUCCUGCAGUGGGCUGGAUAUCUUAGUUUUUACUCACUUCAUUAG